CGUGUACUGAAGGCUUGAGAACAUUGUCUAGCCAGAUUUCAGCCAUACUGUCGGCCGCGUCGGACGCUACUCUUUCGGUCAGGCGCGUUUUUUUACGAAAAUAUGGCGUUUUCUGUUGUGCAAACCCGAAAAACCAAAAAAAGUAAGCCCUCUCUCACGAUAGUACCGUCGAAAUGGGUGUGCAGCGGAAAUGUUAUGUGGCCACCAAGCAACUUCAUAUCGUUAUCGACGGACGAGCACAGUAUUCCGGAUGAAAAUUCCUGGACGAAGCAGGCGUGCAAAGUUGUUGGCCGCACCAAAAAAUACAAAGAAGCCGAAGCUGUCGUGAAUAAACUGGAGAUGAUGACCGAUUCAGAAGAUGCAUUGGAAAUGACGCAAGGAACUCGAGGAAGGCCAGCAAAGAAGAAAACUAAAUUCGAGGUGAAAAGCUACGAUUUGGCACCGCCGAAAAUUAAAACGAUAAAGGCGAAAACCACACUGAACUGUGAAAGCGAUACGACAAAUCGAACUCUCGAGGCCGGUCUUUGCCCGGCGACAAACAGUUUCAGCUUAACAGCAAUCGCAAAUGUCGACCGUACAACUUUUGAGCAGGAAAAUGAACCGCCUGCCGACGAUUACAGCUCUUCAAGUACAAGAACUAUAUUACAUCAACCACAUCCCCACAUUUCAACGAACAAGGAAAUCACAAACUAAAGGGAUUGGAUGUGACUGAUGGCUUUCCAGUGCCCCUGAGAACUUCCGUUCUGGUAGACAAUCGCCAAGCUUAACUAAUAAUCGUGCCGUUUUCUCAAGGAUUCGUCCCCGGUAGUGCGGAAGUUGGCCGCGAUCCGUUGUUGGAUAAAGCGAGCGCGGUAAGUUAAAGCCUGGAACACAUAGCGUCCGUUCCGUCGAGGUUUGCGUUUUUUUUUUGUCAGUUUUCCUAUGGGAAAUGUGUCAAACUACUGUCACGCACACGCAAACGUAUGCAUUGUGUGGGGCACUUAAGGAUUUUUUCAAAACCAUUUGGACAGUGGGUCCUAUUUUGGACUUCUUCCGCUAUAGCAAACUCAGUUUUAUAACAUCCUGAACUUUUGUGCAGGUCUAGAUACUGUAUGUCAUUUAUUAAAUUUGGAACGGAAAGUGCCCAAACUAGGUCCCCCUGCCCAUGUAGUCUCACCCUUUUUAAACAUUUGACUAGCAUACUGCCUAUGAUCGCUUAACUAUCCCAUAUGAUAGGAAACUUGGCAAAUAUGGUACUGAUAUGCGAUCAUGGGCAGUAUACCAUUCAUAUACUUUCCAUCAUUCACCCUUCAGCGUCUCUAAGGAGCCAGUGAAAUUUGGCCUUUUAUAGUUCGAAGUAGAGUACAGCUUCCGCUCGAUAACUGGAGUUUCGGAAAAGUCCAGUUAGCGAGUGCCGAGAGUAAGGCUUCGGGACGAAAAUUGAAUAAGAUGCGGGACACUUUUAUGCCGUGUUGCAAUAAUGUGGCUCAAACAAAUUGAAAUUGAAGUUUAUUGGCACAGUCGCCAAACCACGUUCGUUUCCGGCCAAGGAAUUGCUUCUUGUUUCCAACUGCAACUCACAAAAAACUUGGAUGACACGGGAGCUUUUCCGGACAUGG